CAGUAGGUAAACAAACAGGAGAAGAGAAGAAACGAGCAGCAGCAGGCACUUAAUUUGCUGGCUCUGGGCUACAACGGGGGAAAUUUUAUAUUGUUUAUAUCCGAUUUUGUAAAAAAUUAAUAUCGUGUUUCCUAGACACUUUUAAUACUUUGGUACACUGGUUUUGACAUUUUCUAACGACGAAACCUGGCAAGGAUUGGCUGUGGCUUGCCAGCUUGGAAACACUGUUUCCCCCUCUCUUUUCGACAAAGACUGCCGAUGAGACACUGUACAAGAUAAUAACACGACGUGGUUUAAGUAUCACUCAGUGUAAUAAUAACAGAUGCACUGUCUUCCCUGUAUUUAAAAGAGACCCGUCGUUGCUGCUGUUCGCUAAGCUAACGUAACCUAAAGAGAGCCUAGCUUAGCUUACGUUAACGGGCAGCCAGCCUCAGGAAAGAAUGACGGCUGUUCAGUUAAUAAAUAUCCAACGGUUAUUGGAAGCUGCGGAAUACCUAGAAAGGAGAGAAAGAGAGUGUGAACACGGAUAUGCUUCGACAUUUCCAUCCAGUCAGAACACAGACUACCAGAGGCAAAAGAAAUUCCGAAAUAAGAAGUUCAGUAGUAACCACAAUAGGUCCACGCAUAAUGAGUUGGAGAAGAAUAGACGAGCUCACCUGCGGCUGUGUCUCGAGAGGUUGAAGGCCCUCAUACCCCUGGGACCCGACUGCAACCGCCACACCACCCUGGGCCUGCUCAACAAAGCCAAAGCACACAUAAAGAAACUUGAAGAGGCAGACAGGAAGAGCCAGUACCAGCUGGAGUCUCUGGAGCGAGAGCAGAGACACCUCCAGCGUCAGCUGGAGCUGCUGAGCGGAGGCAGCGGUGCUGCAGCCCAGAGCAGCCCAGGUGAAGGGGAGAGGAUACGCAUGGACAGUGUGGGGUCCACCCUCUGCUCCGACCGAUCUGACUCUGACCAAGAGGAGAUCGAGGUGGACGUGGAAAGCACGGAGUUCUCCCAUGGAGAGCUGGACAGUGUGAGCACAGCCAGCACCAGCGACCUGGACGACCACAGCAGCUUGCAGAGCAUGGCCAGCGACGAGGGCUACUCCUCCUGCAGUGUCAAACUUGCCUUCUCCUCCUAGAGCCCCACACCACUACCACCACCACCACCACCACCACCUCCCAGCCAAACCCGCCUGCUCUCACAUGUGUUUAUCCAUCCAGCCACGCCUACGUACGUACGUACAUACACCCAGUUCCCUCAGACCACGGCCUCGACCCCCCAGCGAAACGGCGUUCCCGUUCCUCAUGCCUCUCAGCAGUGCACUGGCUCCUAGCCUUUAGUUGCCCCUCCUCAUCCUGCACUGCUGAAGCCACUGUUGGAGGAAAUGCACGAGAGCCUCUUUUCCUCACUUCUGAACUUUGAGCCACGCGGACCCCAGGGACCCAAACACAUUGAUGUGAUUUUAAUCUUCUUUUAAAGGGAGAUCAGAAAUUUGAAUGAUAUUAAAAAAUAGACAUCAUCUUGAUUUUUAAACCCACACAAUUGAAAAGAAUCAUUGGUAUUAAUUCUUUCUAUGAAAUUUCAGAAUUUUUUAAAAGAAAGAUAACCCCAAACUUGACCCAAAAUGCACUCAAAUU